CAAGUGAAAAGAUGGCCGCGAGGCAGUGAGGACGCGAUAGUCGAUGCUUUGUACUCUACAAAACAACAAAGCAAAGAAAAAGAACAGUACCUGCUCCACGACAGACAGCCUGCUCCAUGAGCUAGAGGGAGCCCCAGCUGACAAAGCAUCAAGGCCCCAGCUGGCAAAGCAUCAAGGCGAGUUAAGCAGCAGAGUGAAAAGAGGGCUCAGUGGGAAGUGAGGAAUGCAAUUCUGCCACCAUGAUGGAAGGAUUGAAAAAACGUACAAGGAAAGCCUUUGGAAUACGGAAGAAAGAAAAGGACACUGACUCCACAGGAUCACCGGAUAGAGAUGGAACUAAGAGAACAAAUGGUGCCCCAAAUGGGUUUUAUUCAGAGAUUGACUGGGAAAGAUACAAUUCACCUGAGCUUGAUGAAGAAGGAUACAGCAUCAGACCAGAAGAACCAGGCUCUACCAAAGGAAAGCACUUUUAUUCCUCAAGUGAAUCUGAAGAGGAGGAGGAGGCACACAAGAAAUUUAACAUUAAGAUUAAGCCCCUGCAGUCUAAAGACAUUCUUAAGAGUGCAGCAACUGUUGAUGAACUGAAAGCUUCUAUAGGCAACAUUGCACUUUCACCAUCUCCAGUGGGUACAAUUAAAAGGAAUUUAUCUAGUGAAGAGAUAGCAAGGCCCAGGCGUUCAACCCCUACUCCAGAGCUGCUAAGCAAAAAAGCCCCAGAAGAUUCUGCAGUGCUAGCACCACUAUUUGGUCCACCCCUAGAGUCUGCAUUUGAUGAAGAGAAGUUGGAAGCUUCCAUAGAUCAGCCUGAGGUCUGGGGUUCUGUGCAGCCAGCAAAUCCAAGUGUAGAAUCUCCAAAUUCACCACGACCUUUUCCAUCUGGAACACCCCCACCACUUCCACCUAAGAAUAUUCCAGCUACACCUCCACGCACUAGUUCUCCUUUAACAGUUGGAGUAGGAAAUGACCAGACAGCAACAGAGGUCAAAAGUGACAAACUACCAUCAAUCAAUGACUUGGACACCAUUUUUGGCCCAGUAUUAUCCCCCAAGUCUGUUGCUGCUGACACGGAGGAUAAGUGGAUCAGUUUUUCUGAUCUGUCCCUGGAAAACGUAACUCCAGAGGUGACUUCAAGGGAAAAAGUUGUGUCCCCACCUGUGGCAUCAGAAACCUCAGAUGAGCCUCCAGAGGCUGAAACCUCUCGCAGUGUUCCAUCUCCACUCAAUUUAGAAGAGGUUCAGAAGAAAGUUUCUGAGCAGACCCACGUUAAAGAUGAUAACUUAGCAUCAGCAGCAUCUCCUAAAGAUUUUGGGGUGGGACAGAGAGCAACACCACCUCCCCCUCCACCACCUACCUACAGAACAGUGGUGUCAUCACCCGGACCCAGCUCUGGCGGUGGCACAGGAAGCACCAGUGGUUCAUCAUCUCCUGCUCGACCUGCAACCCCACUGGCAUCUUGCAGCAGCCCUACUCCCCCACCUCCUCCGCCUAGACCCCCAUCUCGUCCAAAAUUGCCUCCAGGGAAACCUGGAGUUGAUGUGUCUAGACCUUUUAGCCCUCCAGUUCACUCAUCCAGCCCUCCUCCGAUAGCACCUUUAGCACGUGCUGAAAGCACCUCUUCCAUAUCAUCUACCAAUUCCUUGAGUGCAGCUACGACACCAACAAUUGGUUCUUCUCGAGGGCCCAGCCCCUUAACAAUGGGUGCACAAGACACUCUGCCUGUUGCUGCAGCUUUCACUGAAACAGUUAAUGCAUACUUCAAAGGAGCAGAUCCUAACAAAUGCAUAGUGAAGAUUACUGGAGAAAUGGUGCUGUCAUUUCCUGCAGGAAUUACUAGACAUUUUGCCAAUAAUCCCGCCCCAGCUGUUCUAACAUUCCGUGUAACAAAUUACAGCAGGUUAGAACAUGUCUUGCCAAACCCCCAACUGCUUUGCUGUGACAGUACACAAGCAGAUGCCAACACAAAGGAAUUCUGGGUAAACAUGCCAAAUUUGAUGACUCAUUUAAAGAAAGUAUCUGAACAGAAACCACAAGCAACGUAUUAUAAUGUGGAUAUGCUUAAAUAUCAGGUAUCAGCCCAGGGUAUUCAGUCUACUCCACUGAACCUUGCAGUGAACUGGCGGUGUGACCCUACAAGCACUGAUCUACGCAUUGAUUACAAAUAUAAUCUAGAGGCAAUGACUACGCCAGUAGCGUUAAACAAUGUGCAGUUCCUUGUUCCUAUAGAUGGAGGAGUAACAAAACUUCAAGCUGUGCUUCCACCUGCUAUUUGGAACGCUGAACAACAAAAGAUAUUGUGGAGGAUUCCUGAUAUUUCACAAAAAUCGGAAAAUGGAGGUGUGGGCUCUUUGCUGGCACGAUUCCAGUUAUCUGAGGGACCAAGCAAACCUUCUCCUCUGGUUGUGCAAUUCACCAGCGAAGGGAGCACUCUGUCCGGCUGUGAUAUUGAACUUGUUGGAGCUGGGUAUCGUUUUUCACUAAUUAAGAAGAGGUUUGCAGCAGGAAAAUACCUGGCAGAUAACUAACAAGUUUAUGCAAGUAUGUGGAAAAUCCAUAUAGCUGAGGACUGCUGUGGGUGGACGGGUUUUAUACGCUGUUUGAGGAAAAACUAAAUGAUGUACUUGGGACAUUUCUGUUGGAAGUGUCAGCAACUUUCAACAUUUUCCUUCAGAAAAUACCAUGUUGACAAGUCCUAAAGUAUUUACUUCUAGAUGUAAUAUUGUUAAUGUUUUAAAUUGUAAUUACUGUAUUUGUAAAUUGUACUCAUUCCAGUAAGGCUGUAUUUUGGCAGUUAGAAACUUGAGUUUUCGCAUUUUACCAUUCAUGAAAUGGAUGUAAUUUAAACUGUGGUAUAUAAAUUCAAUAGUAGUAAUGUUGAAUGGCACAAUGGUUUCAGAGGUAGAUAACAUUUUGUCAAUAUAUACAAUUUGAAUACUAUGCUAAUUGCUGUGAGAAAGGGGGUGCCUCAAAAAGAAAGUUUAACUAGAUACCUGCAAAUUCACUUCAUUUUUCUUUAUUCCUUAGUAUGUCUCAUAACUAUUUAUGAAUGUCAUAUGAAUGAACAGAUCUAUUUUAAAUAUUUAAUUGAUUUAACUCGAGAACACUUUCAGUAAAUGUUGAGAUGGUUAUAACUUAUUUCCCAAAAUGAUACAAAUGUACUUUUUUCACUUUUUUCGUAUUUUCAUCACAAAAAUAUCAACCUAUCAGAACAAUUUUUAAAGCUUCUGGAUAAAAUAUUAGAGACAUUCCAGCUAAAAUGAAGCAUGUACUGGGAAAGCUUUCAGUUCCUUCCCCUUAGUCUGACCUGAUCAGAUGUGGAGAUAAAAAGUGCAAUCCACUAGAACCUCCACACUAUGCAAGCCCUAUUGAAACGAAUGAAAGCACAGCCAUGCAGCAAAGCAGUUCCAGUUACUUUCAUUAAGUCUUGCACAGAAGAUUCUGGUGGGUUGUGGUCAAAAUAAGUGGACAAUUUAUGUGAUCACUUUGAUGAAUACAUCUCUGUUUUAUUUCAGCAACAGUCUCUGAUUUUGUAGACAUGCUUGUUUAUUUUUACAGUACCGUUGGCAUGCAAAUUGCUUGCUAAGAACACUCAUUGUUCCCAGUCAGAUGCUAAGUGAGGGGAAGAAGAGCUUGAAAGUAACAUACUAUGUGUGGUUUGUUUGUUUUUCUUUUCAUCUGUAAAGGUUUGUAUUUGUGGCCUGGUAGUGAGAAACCUUGUCUGCCCUAGGUUUGCAUGGCAGAUUUGGCAGCACAAUCAUUAAUAGUACUGGAUUCUCUGCUGUACUACAAGUAUUUAACUGCCAGGAUAUACUGUUUUCUUCAAACAGAUGUUUAGGUUUAACGUUCCUACUCAGUUAUGAGGUAUUUCUUAUACCUAUAGCAAAGGAGGGUACAGCCUUUUUUUAAACAAAAUAGUCAAAUUCCUUCACAUUGCUAAAAUGCUUGCUAGGUAUUUAUAGACAACGUUUGAGUUCUUUGGCAUUUGUUCAUUUGGCAGCUGAGCUAGCAGUCUCCACAGUAGGAGCUAAUGAGGGUCCUGAGAGGGCUGAGUGGAGUUGUGCAGUCAUGAGACUAGUGGGUAGUAUCCAUGCUGCUUUUUGUGUGCACACAACUAGUAUUUUUAUACAUUAAGGUCUAAAUAGGUUGGCAUCCAACUGUCUCAUUUGCAUGUGAAAAUGGCUGUACUUGAGAAACAGCUAUGUCUGCAUUAAAACAAGCAGACAAAAUGAGAGGUUUUCCUGGAAAUCUGGUCAUAAAUAUAACCCUUUGGAAACAAGCAUGGGAAGCAUGUAUCCAACAGUGGUAGAAGCUGAAAAUCCGUAUUUCAUCAGAAGGGAGAAAAUAUUAGAGAAUUUCUUUUGAUAUGAAUCUUGGAUUAGAAAUCUGAGCAGCUAAUUUUGAGGAAAAUUAAUGUACAACAUAGAAAUAUAACUAUUUUCUUUGGCUUCGCUGGUUUCUCUGUAUCACCGGUGUUGAUU